AUGGCUGAUCCUCUGCGGAGGACUUUACUAGCGAAACUCCGGGGGAAGAAAUCCAAGAAAGGAGCGACUGUCGGCGGCGGAUACAGCUCUGCGGCGGCGGAUGGGGGCCGAGAAGGUAAAGAAAAAGUUUUGCAAACGCAGGUCGACUCCGACGAGGCUCGCCCGGCGGUCUGGCUCGCGGGGCUGGAUCGCGUGACGGAGAGAAUGAGCACGUACGAGAAUUGUGUUGACGGGGCGACGGUGCACGCAGAGGCGGUCGUUCUGGUCCGGGAGAGCCGCCGCGGAGAGGCGUCCGGCGCGCGUCCCCAGGAGCGGAGCAGCGGGGGCAGGGCCGGGGUUAACGAGCAGCUCCCGGGGGUGUCGCUUCAAAGAGACGCGCGCUUCGCGGGGAGCCGCCGGGGGCCCGCGUCCCCUGAAAAACGUGCGUUAUCUGCGGGGAUCCCGCUCGGGGGGCCGCGUGCCCAGAGGAGGCACUACGGCUCGGAGCCGUGGCAGUGCAGCGUCGGGGAUUCGAUCGGCUUCGGGGGGAAUUCAAACCGCGUUCUGCACCGCGCGCAGGUGGAGCCGCGUGCCGCGCUCGGUGGAGCCCCAGAGCGCCGGGUUACCGGAGGGACGGAGCCCGUCGACCGGCACAUGGCAGGCUGCGCGGCGGCGGCGGCGGCUGGCGGCGAACGCAACGCCAACCGGACCGGGGACGACAAUCAGACUUCGGAGGCGAACUCGCUCGUUCGCGCCGAACUUGUGCGCCCAAGCAGCUCGGAGGAAAACAUCGUGAUCAGAAGCGUUGAGAGUUACGGGCCCGAGGACGCCGGGGACCACAGAGGGCCCGCGGGCGGUGUGCAGAGCCCGACCUUCUUCCCAACAGAGUUAGAAAUAUGCGACCUAAACAUGGCAUCCCUGUGCGCCACGCAGGGGUCACUGAGAUACGCUUUAGAUAGUGAGGAUGAGGAUUACUAUGAUAACGAAAUACUGCCGUUCUAUGAAACGAUCAGAGCUCAAAGUGAUGGCGACAGAGACGUCGCAGAGCUGCCGCAGGACAACGAACAGCUUGAUGUUAGUAACAGUGCUCAGGAAACAGACCGGCUCAGGAACCGGCUGAAAGAAGCGUAUUACCUUCUUAUCAAUGCUAUGAAUGAUAUCAACCUGGACGUCCAACAGAUGAGUGGUGGUGCUUUAACUGAGCAAGGCGCCACCUCCUCCUGCAGUAGCCACUCCAGGGAUAGCCUGUGCUCCAGGUUGUCCGCCAAGAACAUGGACAGUGACUCCUGGUCGUCAGGAGGCGACAACAGCCCCCAACAGGUGUCGGACAACGACUCGCUCCUACUUUGCCUCGGCGGGGCCCUGGAAUCAGGCCUCACGGGCAGGCUGACCAGUAAGAGCAUGGUGACCCUGUCCUUGACCGAGAGAAGACCCACAUUGCGGCGCUCCGCUAGUGACGGAGCUGUCCGGCGUGCAGGUGGACCCUCACUCUGUAUUCAGGACCCCAAAAGUCUAGACGCCAGUGGCGAUAGAGGGCCCACGGAGGCAAAAGACGCGGCGUGGGCCGAGGCCUCGGGGUCGGGGGAGCCCUCAGGAUCUCUGGUGCUCUGCAGCACCAGCAGCAGCGGCGAGCUGCUGCUGCUGGUGGACGCCGGCGGGGACGGAGACCGCGGCGGGCAGCGGGGCGGGAGCAGCGGCUCCGUCAACAGCCUCACGGGUUCCUCGGACAGCAACGCGGAUGCAUCGACCGAUCGGGGUCGAGCCAACCGCCGGGAGCCGUCUGACGUCCGGGCGCCGGGAGCCCGAUCCGCCAACAAGGGGCACGGCGUCACCGUCAACAAGAUGCAAGAGUGGAUGCACCGGGGCCGCCUGUUGUCCUCCGAGAUGAAGCAACGCAUCGAGGGCUCGGCGUCGCCCCGCGGCGGAGGCCGGAGCCAGGACAGGCCCUGCCCUCAGGGUAACCUCGGCAUGUCUAAAGCCGGGGGCCAGACAUCCAACCGAGGGGUCAAAUGUGUCCCGGCCAAAUCCCCACAGCGCCAGCAGCCAGCUUUCAUUGAGAAUGUCCAAACCCCAUGUGCCAAUGGCCGCGAGGUGGGCAGGCCCAGUGAGUCGUCGCCACGGCGACCACCGCUCACCACCAUCACGGUCUCCAAGAAGCGCAACUGGCUGCAGCAGAGCUCCCUCGGGAAGAACCACUGCGCCAAGGACGAGCUGCUGGGAACGCUGGGAGCUGAGGAGGAGGGCUCCCCUCCCAGUCCCUCCCCGGACCACUUGAGACCUUCAGCCCGGCCGGCCUGCCUGCAGCUGCCUCAGAUCACCGUUGGUCAGGCCAAGGUUUCCCCUCAGCCUCGGGGCGUGGACCCGGCGGAGGAGAACGACGCGGACGACGAGGGGGAGAUCUGGUACAACCCGAUCCCAGAGGACGACGAGCCGGAGGCGUCUCAGCGAGCCUGCCUCCGGCUGCGGGUUCCACCCGGUGCAGAGGCCCGCCGGAGGCCCAGCGGCAGGGGGGGGGACGCGGAUCGCGGCGGAUCGCGGCGGCCGGAGUCGCCCGGGGAAAGCCCCGGGGGCGGUUCUGGGGAGGGGGGUCAGGGCAACGCGGCGCAUUCCACAGAGGCACCGCAUCCGCACAGGGCGCCGCUGGCGUGCAGAGCGCAGGAGGAGGGGGGGCCGUCCGCCAGCAGAGCCACAGACUGUGCCGACCUGCCCAAUGCUGUCAGCUCCCCUCCCUCCAGCCCGAGCCCAGCCAAGAAAAGCAGCUCCAUCAACUGGUCCUUCCCAGACAAGAUCAAGUCCCCGCGCACCGUCAGGAAGCUCUCCAUGAAGAUGAAGAAACUCCCCGAGCUCAGCCGCAAACUCAGCAUCAAGGGGACCCCGAGCGGCCACGCGGAGCCCAGGGCCCCUUCCCUCCGGAGCGACGCGCGCGGCCUGGAGGUCGUCCCCUAUUCCUCGGCCCCCGCCAGGUUGGCCGCGUCUGGGGGCGGGCAGGCCAGCCGCAACGUGAUCUCCCGCUACCACCUGGACAGCAGCGUGUCCACGCCGCACGGCUUCAGCAAGAAGAAGAGCGGCGGCGGCGGCUCAAAGUCCGCCAGCAAAGGCGGCUACCUGAGUGACGGGGACUCACCGGAGCUCGUGGCCAAGUCCGGGAAGCACGGCCCGGCCGAGGGGAAGGCCGGGAGGGGCAGGGAGACGGACGGGGGAGGCGGAAGCGCCAAAGUCAACGGCACGGAGCUGGACAUCGACGCCUUCCGCCAUUACAGCUUCACAGAGCAGCCCAAGUGCAGCCAGUUCAUCUCCGGCCUGAUGAGCCUGCACUUUUACGGCGCCGAGGACCUCAAACCCCCGCGCGUCGACUCCAGGGACGUCUACUGCGCCAUCCAGGUGGACUCGGUUAACAAGGCGCGAACCGCCCUGCUCACGUGUCGGACCGCCUUCCUCGAUAUGGACCACACGUUCAACAUCGAGCUGGAGAACGCCCAGCACCUGAAGCUGGUGGUGUUCAGCUGGGAGCCGAUGCCGAGGCGCAACCGCGUCUGCUGCCACGGCACCGUGGUCCUGCCCGCGCUCUUCCGGGUGACGCGGUGCCACCAGCUGGCGGUGAAGCUGGAGCCGCGGGGCGUGAUCUACGUCAAGCUGGGCCUGAUGGAGCAGUGGCAGAACUCGCUGGACGGCGGGCCGGGCGGGGACAGGGAGCCGCGCGUGUUUGGCGUGGAGGCGUGGCGGGUGGUGGAGCGGGAGAACACGGGGCUGAUGGUGCCGCUGCUUAUCAGCAAGUGCAUCGACGAGAUCGAGAAGAGAGGCUGUCAGGUGGUGGGGCUUUACCGUCUCUGUGGAUCUGCGGCCGUGAAGAAGGAGCUGCGCGAGGCCUUCGAGAGGGACAGCUGCGCCGUGGAGCUGUGUGAGAACACGUAUCCAGACGUCAACGUCAUCACAGGGGUCCUGAAGGACUACUUGCGGGAGCUGCCGUACCCCCUGAUCACCAAGCACCUGUACGAGGCCGUGCUGGAGGCCAUGGCCACCAGGCCUCUGCGGAUGGGAGCCGGGGCCUGCGAGAACGACCAGGCCGACUCGGAGCACACCGUCAGACUGCUGGACAACCUGCCGGACGUGGAGAGGAUGACGCUGCAGAAGCUCCUUGACCACCUGAAGCUAGUAGCGUCCUGCCAGGAAGCGAACAAGAUGACGUGCCAGAACCUGGCGGUGUGUUUCGGGCCGGUGCUGCUCAGCCAGCGUCAGGAUGCGUCCUGCCACACCAACCGGGUCUUCAUCGACUCGGAGGAGCUGGCCAGCGCGCUGCACUUCAAGAAGCACAUCGAAGUCCUGCACUACCUGCUGCAGCUCUGGCCUGUCGUGGACCCACACGGCCGGUCCUCCUCUCAGCCCCCUGCGGCCUCAGCCGGCCUCCUGUCGGCUCCUCCCCUGCGGCGCAGGAAAGAGCGGCCCCAGGUCCUGAACCUCUCCGAGGCGGAGAUGGCGGGCGUCCUGCGGCCCAAACCGGGGCGCCUGGACAGCCCCAGCAACCGCUACGCCGGCGACUGGAGCGGCUGCGGCGAGAGCUACUUCCCUUGUGAAAUUCCGCCGCCUCCCAACAACAACGAGGAGGCGGACUACGACGACGUGCCCUCCGAGGACACGGAGGCAGCGGGGGAGGGACAGGCGAAGCCCGAGGAAGCGGAGGGAGGUAACGGCCAGAUGGUCACGGGCCCUGCGUCCGAUCCUGCCGAGCAGGAGCAGCCUCAGACAGAGCAGUUGGAGAAGGACGAGGAAAAUGAGGAGGAAAAUGAGGAGGAGGAGGAGGAGGAAGUAGAAGAAGAGGAGGGGGAGGAGGAGGAGGAGAAAGAGGUCAAAAGUAAUCCAGGCGAUGGGGAGCCAUUAGAGGACAAGGAGGAGGAGAGGAUGUGCGAGCACAUCCUGCCCCCUUGCCUGCCCAAAGAGCACACCUACCAGGCUUACAUGAAGAUCCAGGAGAUCAGCCCCGUGCUGAGCAACAGGGUCAACCUCAGAGACCUGCAGGAGAGCAUCGACACUCUGAUAGGAAACCUGGAGAGGGAGCUCAACAAGAACACGCUCAACGUCGGGUACUGACUCCGCCUCCGGUGACCCCCGCGCCACACACACACACACUGAAGACUGACGGGCUUUGGGGGGGCCUUCUUAACCGCUCGAGGUGCCUCAGGAUGCGGUUACAGCAUUUCCAUGCAGAGCCUGUGAUGUUGGCGCGGUGCUCCUAUACAAACCUAGAGGACCAGGUGAGAUGAAAUGCAACAGGGCACCUCUGGCAUCUGUAAUUUACCCAUAGACAUUCCGAAAUGUUAUUUUAAUUUUAUUCUGAUGGUUGUAUGUUUGUUUUAGUCCGGUUGUGUGUCCCACAUUGUUAUCGUUGCUUCUCUUCUUAUUAGAAGAACCCAUCGACCCCGCAGGGGUUUUAACGGUGCCUUAAUUGUGAGAAGGUGGUACGGCGAGAUCCACCCUGAAAUGAAAUGCAGUCCUUGGUGUGACCGUAACCAACCAGAUGACCUCUGUGGUGAAGAUACGUUUUUACACAGAAGGCAGAAGGCUGAUAUGCAGGUGCAGAUGGGGCUCUACUCAUGCAAUCUUUCACACGGUGAUACUGACGCCUAUGUUUUUUUUGGGGGGGGGAAAUUGCUGCAUAAGAAAUAAGGGCUUCUGAAAUAGAUUUUUGAACACUACCGCAACUAUGGGAUGCAUUUAAAUAAUUGCUUCUUUCGGUUCAGAAUUGGAUCACAAGAAGUGAGGAUUAAGUAUUCAUAAUAAUAAUUUCUCACUGAACCCUGCUUCUCUAAUGCAGUGAGUUAAUUGGCUUAGUUAAUGCAGUGAGUUAAUUGCUUGGACGAGCAUGUAAACUGAUUAGAAACAUGAACCAAGAUCACAUGAGGAGCAUUUGUACAUUCUGUUUGAGGGUGGAUCUCCUUUUUUUAAGGCAGCAGAGAGCUUUUGUAUUGAGGUAUGAAACACUAAAUGUUGUACAACAAUAAUGCACUUAUAAGGCAGGCAGUAGUGUACAUUGUCAUUAGAUUUCCUCCAGUGAACAAGACUGUGGACCGAGUUAAGGGGGAGAAAAGCCACCGCUGAAAAGAUGAACAUGAUUUGGCUUGAAAUGUUUUUUAGACACCCAUUUACAGGCAUACUACAAAAGUCAGGCUAAAAUUGAUCUGAAGCAACUCAAAACAGAGAAAAUGAGUUUUGCGUGGCAUCAGAUUUACUUUACGUUGAACAGAAAAACAUUUUGGUAAAUCUUUCUUUUCUUUUUCUUGCCGAAGAGUUUGCUUUGAAGAUCGAUUACACGUCUGUGUGAUAACAAUUCGGGGAGAGCUAGACUAGGUGCUUGGCUUAGCUUAGUUAAGCCUAGGUUCAGCCUAAAGACUGGAACAACAAAAGCCGUUUCUUGUUUCACGCCUGUGUUUGCACGGCGGCUUUCGCACAAAGCUUUGAUCACAGCGUUCAUCAAUCUUCAUCCUCUCUGCAGAAAAAGAGAAUUCCACACGCUGGUGGAUUUUCGGCUUUACCCAUCUUUUUGGCAAAAAGGACAAAUGACAUAAAGCCAAAAUGUGAAGCACAACUUCAGAGCAGCGAGGGGAAACCUCGCGGAGGUCUUCGGUCUGACUCGGCUAGCUGCCUAAAUUGACAAAGGACGCUAUUAGCAAUCCAGGGAUUCCGAAUGAUCAGUAUUUAACCUGUAUGUGUACAUAAUUAUAUAAAUGUAUUCGGAGUAUAUUAUUUUUUACAGCUUCUAUUUCAAUGACGUAUUUAAAUGCUUCUGAUGACCUCGUAGUGUUUGUAGAAAUAGUCGCUUUUUCUCCCUUCGAGCUACCUGUACACAUUUUAAUGUGCUGGACUAACGGUACAAUUGUGGCUGUAAAAUAUGAUAAAAUCGCGCUCUUGCAGAUACAAGUUAUAUUUUUAUUGUGUUAUAUUGUGUAUAUAUUGGACAUUGUUAUGUGUCUGUGGUGGACUAAGCUCUGUUUGUGACAAUUAUUGGUGUUUCCCUUUUUUUUAAGGUACUGAGCGUUGCAUGGUCAAAAGCUUUACUGACACAAACAAGGCUCUCAUAUGCCUUUGUAUGUGAUAUUUAUAUGUAAAAAAAAAACAACUUAUUUUGUAAUGUAUGCUUGUUUGUUUGUUUGUCAACCUUUUCCUCCAAUACACAGAUUACUGAACUGAUUACUUUUAUCCAGAGGAGUUAAAUGCUGACAGUGAUGUGGUUUGGGAAACUUUCACACUAGACAUUAUAGUCUUAAUCUUAAUAUCUUAAAAUAUGGCCAUGUAUUUCCAUACCAAAACGUUGUCUUGUUUCCAAUGUCCUUCAACAAACGGAUAAGAUAAGAUCAGCAAGGUUCCUUUUAAACCUUCUGUCUGCAACACAAAGACAACCAGUACAGAAACCCAUGUGGAGGAGCAUCACCUGCAUCUCCUUUCUAAACAGGGAAAACAAUGAUGCUUUCACAAGGUCAACUACUGAGGGAUGCUCAAAUAAAUACACAUAUUUUUAAUUGCAGCGGCAACAUAUUAGGUACUCUUUCUGUAUAAAUUAGUGUCUUUUCAACUCCCAACUCUUCACCUCUUUCACAGAGAAUAUAUCAGCGCACAGAAGUGUGUGUUGCGUCUCAAUCUUUUUCUGUCUUGUCCCUGUUCUGUCCUUUCUCCUGUGAAGAGAAAAUGACACGUGGAAAGCAUCACUUAAAACAAAAAAGUGUUUUUUUAUUGAUCCUGAGAACUGUAUGAUCAUAAUAAAGUAUAUUAUUUUACAUUUACAUGGGUACUGUGACUCUUCUUACACAGUCUCAUUAGAUUCUGCAAUGAUCUGCACAGGAUGUGACUGGGCUUCCAUCUUCAUGGCAUCUCUGUGUUUAUGCUACGUCAUGUUUAAACAGUCAAGUUUAAGUUCCAAAAACCCCUUGAAUGACCGCGAUUACCCAGAAUGAAAUGAACCAUUGACCUACAGCUUUGUUUAGUAGAGUAGUUCAUUUAAAUCAUACAAAUCAAAAACAUCUGUGCACAGAAAUCCUGAAACAGCUGGCUUAAACAUCUCAAACAAUCUCUUACAGGCAUGAACUGAUUCAUCAAAAUCAUUUUAUUUAUUAAACAAAAUGAAUAAAGUGAUAUUCUGCAUGUGGCCCAGUAAUCAUAUCACCCUUGUUUAAAUGAUUUAACAUCAUAACUACAUCCAAAACCAUUUCCCAAACCUUUCUAAACAUCAUCUUUGUUUUACUGAAAAACCGAGGGAGCAUCUGACCUCAACUCCAGGAAACCGGACUCUGUUUUUAGUAUUUGUGUUAUUCAUCUCUCUGCUGUGGGAGCAGCGUAACCCAGAGAACAGAUAAAAAAAGUCGGGGAAUUGCCCUUGUUGGCUUGUGGGAAUCUCCCAGAACGACCUCCAGCUUCAGGGACAUUCCCAGAAUGCAGCUGCAUUUAGCAAUCUGGUGAAGUAAAAAAAAAAAAAAAAAAAAA